AGAGAGAGAGAAAAAAAAUAGUCUUUACUCUUCAGUGGGGUAGAGAGAGAAAGUGAGAGAGAGAGAGAGAGAGAGCUGUAAAGCACAUGACCUCGCUGCCAUUGGGGCCUCAGCCUCCGUCUCUACAGCCGCCGCAGCUUCGCGACGGAGAUGCUUUAAAACGCCGUCCCGAUAUGGAUACAGACAAGGAAAUGACUCCUGCGGUUAUAGAGGGAAAUGAUGCUGUGACCGGUCACAUCAUCUCUACUACAAUUGGAGGCAAAAACGGUGAACCUAAACAGACCAUCAGUUACAUGGCCGAACGGGUUGUUGGAACAGGAUCAUUCGGAAUUGUAUUCCAGGCCAAGUGCUUGGAAACUGGAGAAUCAGUAGCCAUUAAGAAAGUUUUGCAAGAUCGGCGCUACAAAAAUCGUGAGUUGCAGUUAAUGCGACUAAUGGAUCACCCAAAUGUGGUAUCCUUGAAGCAUUGCUUCUUCUCUACAACGAGUAGAGAUGAGCUCUUCCUCAAUCUUGUCAUGGAGUAUGUGCCCGAGACUUUGUACCGGGUUUUGAAGCACUAUACUAGUUCAAACCAGAGAAUGCCUAUCUUCUAUGUCAAACUUUACACAUACCAAAUCUUCAGAGGCUUGGCCUAUAUCCAUACUGCUCCUGGUGUCUGUCACAGAGACGUGAAACCACAAAAUCUUUUGGUUGAUCCCCUCACCCAUGUGUGUAAGCUGUGUGAUUUUGGAAGUGCAAAAGUAUUGGUAAAAGGUGAAGCAAACAUAUCAUAUAUCUGCUCUCGAUACUACCGAGCUCCAGAACUCAUCUUUGGGGCCACAGAGUAUACUUCCUCCAUAGAUAUAUGGUCCGCUGGUUGUGUUUUGGCAGAGCUCCUUCUUGGCCAGCCGUUAUUCCCUGGAGAAAACUCUGUGGACCAGCUAGUGGAGAUCAUCAAGGUUCUUGGUACUCCUACUCGAGAAGAAAUCCGAUGCAUGAAUCCAAACUACACAGACUUUAGAUUCCCACAAAUCAAAGCUCACCCGUGGCAUAAGGUUUUCCAUAAGCGGAUGCCUCCAGAAGCCAUUGACCUCGCAUCUCGGCUUCUUCAGUAUUCACCGAGCCUACGUUGCACUGCGGUCAGUAUCUCUAAACCAACCAAGUACUCCAGAGUUCUUAGAGUGCUCGAAGCAUGUGCUCACCCAUUUUUCAAUGAACUCCGUGAGCCCAAUGCUCGUCUUCCAAAUGGCCGACCUCUACCACCAUUGUUCAACUUCAAACAAGAGAUAUCAGGGGCUUCACCAGAGCUUAUAAACAGGCUAAUACCGGAGCACAUUAGGCGACAGAUGAAUGGUGGAGGCUUUCCAUUUCAAGCUGGUCAUUAGAAUCGAUAUCGAAACUGAGAUUGCUUCGCAGAGCAAAUGCCUGAUGGAAAAGAGGAGAGAGGAUUAUACUUCUUUCUGAUUUCAGAGGGUCAACAGAUUAUAACUCUCAAUAUCAGCUUCUGAGUAGAGAUGAUAUCUCCUCCUUAUAAGUGGCCAAUUCAAGCCUUUUUUGAGAAAUCAGGAGGUGAUGAUGAUUGUGUCUAAUUAUAUUCUAUUUUUGUUUUUGUUAUCUCUUAACUUUUGACUUGUAGAGAGAUACUUUUUCUCGUGUAUUUUGUAUAUGUUUUUGUCCGUAAGACCAUUCAACGGAUCUGCAAGACAAAAAAAAACCCGUAAGAUGUUGGAGUAAUGGAAUGAUGAUGUCUAAAACUUAAAGCCUAAUAACAGAAUCGGAGCUUAUAUGUAAGUGAGAAGAAUGUAAAGUUUCUGCAUAGGUAGGUAUUAUAAGAC